GAUUCAGGAUGCCUGGUCCGUUUGAGAUUGAUCGUUCGCCACCGAGCGCCGAGCUGCUGGAGGUCGCCAAACAGGAGCUCCGGGAGACGCCAGAAGUCCGUGCCGCUGCCGUGGAGGAGCUGCGCAAGCUGCUGAAAUCGAGCGACCUGAACUUCCCGGACGAUGAAGAGUUCCUGCUGAUCUACCUUCGUCCAUCGAAGUUUUAUCCCGAAAGUGCACUCAAGUUGAUGCGCAAUGUAGCCGAGUUUAACAAAACCUACAAGGAUCUCCUGCACAACUUAAUGCCGGUGGAUGUAAAGCCCGUGUUCGUCGAUCAUGGGCUGAUCAACAUCUUCACCAACCGGGAUCAGAAGGGUCGCCGACUGAUGGUGGUGCACAUGGGCGAGAAGUGGAACACGAAGGAGGUGACCGAGGAUCAGAUCUUCCGGGCACUGUACACCAUCCAGAAGCUGGCCGUCCUCGAACCCGCUACCCAAAUUAAUGGUGCGGUUGUGAUCUAUGACUUCAAGGGUAUGGGCAUGGGCCACGUAAAGGCAAUGUCGACGAGCGGCGCCAAGCGAUUGCUGACGUUCAUUCAGGAGGCCUGCCCGCUCCGCAUGAAGGCUGUCCACUUCGUUAACGAGCCGAUGAUCUUCAACAUGGUCUGGUCGCUGUUCAAGCCGUUCGUGAAGGAGAAGCUGAACAAGCGCAUGUUCUUCCACGGUGAGAAGAUGGCUAAGCUGCACGAACAUAUCCCCAAGGACUACCUGCCAUCGAAUUAUGGCGGAACACUACCGGCGCUAGACUACGGUGGCAAGGAAUGGUACCCGGUUGCUGAGCAGCACACCGACUUCAUCACAAAGUGGAACUCGUGCGGUUUCAAAUAAGCCACACUUUCACCUUCAUCUUAACCUUUAAAACACAUUAAAACCCUUUUUUUUUUUUUUUUUUUUUUUUUUUUUUUUUUUUUUUUUUUUUUUUUUUUUUU